CUCCACAACAAAGUUAUCAGGUAUCUGUGCUUUAUACCGCAACAAAAUGAACAACUGGCAUCUCAGUGUGUCUCAUAAUGAGGCACUAGAGGCCAGGGUCCAGAUGUAAUGGCUACACUAAGGACAAGGUGGCUUCUGUCCAUGUUGCUGGUCAACCUACCAAAUUGUUGUACUCCCACAGGUCUUCCUACUCGUCCCUCUCGUCCUGAGUGCUAUUUCCCAUGUGAUGAGGAAAGCUGUAAUGUAGAUAUCCACUGUGCUUGGGAUCCAAGGCCGGACCCUCAUUUCCCCACAACCUACAGCCUGCACUGGGAACCAGCAAUCAGCGAGGGCAGGUAUGUGAACAGUCAGACGGGUUCGAGUGCAGUAAUCGAUCGUGAAGACUUUGCCAACCACGGAAAGAUUUCUGUUUGGGUUGAGGCUAAGAACAGUCAUGGUUCCACCACGUCUCAAACAGUUGUCCUCAACAUAGCAGAUAUCAACAAGCCACCACCUCCUAACAUCACACUGAGGCAGCAGAAGUCAAUAGAGAUUGAGUGGGAUUCCUUCUGUGAUGAACUGGGCUUCUCUGUGGGAACCUGUUAUGUCCGGAAUCGGAUUGAGGCAGACCGAGUUUGGCUUGAGUAUGAGAGUGGACUCUUUCACAUGCAUAUGAUUGAAAGUCCCCAGCCUUGCACAAUCUAUGAAAUUCAAGUUCGCUGCGCCUGUACAACAGGCUUAAUAAGUGACUGGAGUACAAUCCACAGAAUAAAGAGCACGGAAACAGACCCUGUUGGAAAGCCAGAUAUAUGGUUGGACUGUGGGACAUCCCCUGCAAGCUUUAACUGUGCUCUGACCUGGAAGAACCUUGCUGCAUCUCAGGCAUGCAGUGUUCUGGGAUAUGCAGUUACUCUGUUUUACAACAACGGCACAAAUGUGUCUUCAACUGAGGAAAGCAGCAGAUUGUGCAAUAAAAUGCAAUGCCAGCUCAACACUUCUCUGGAGGAUGUGUCAUCGUUCAAUGUGUCAGCCUUCAACACUUAUGGUGCCACAGAGCCUUCUCAUCUAGUUAUGCCAGUACCAGGUAAAGAGAAAAAUGAACAAGUUAUUCAACUCAACAUGAAUGAAGUGAACCUCACAGUGUCCUGGGAUCUGCCCUCUCAGCACACUGACAACCUGAAGGAAUAUGUGGUGCAGUACAAACAAGGCGGGAGUCCUACAGGCAAAGGAUUUGAUUGGAUCAAAGUGAAGAAAACCCAAACAGUGUUUUUUAAAGGUCCAUUUAAAAAGGUCACACCCUUCCAAGUGUCACUGUUCUCAGUAUCACAAAGUCUGGAAGUCCAUCACCUCUCAUCAGUUAUUGGAUAUUCUCUUGAAGGAACUCCCUCCAGAGUGCGAUCAUUUAAUGUGAUUGACAUUGCUCCAACUCAAGUGUCCCUGCUUUGGGAGCCUGUUCCCCUGUUCGAGCGGAAUGGGGUGAUCCAAUACUACCAAAUAGGAUUAGACAGACAAAAUGUUUACAAUGUCAGUGCCACACAGCAUGAAACUAAGAGUUUUGAGCUGAAGCAUCUGAAUCCAGGCCAGGAAUACGAGGUGUCGAUAAGAGCUGUGACUGUAGCCGGGCCUGGAGCAAAUGUCACCACAAAGUUCAAAACUAAACAGGAUGAAAAUUUUGUGCAUUUGAUACCAGCCGUGCUUGUACCAUCUUUGGUGGUUCUGCUGGUUGUAAUAUGCAUUCUUGUUUUACUCUGUUGUUGUCGUGGAGAGAAAGUGUGUCCACUGGUGACUUCAUGUUUCUGUGAGAAAGUGCCAGAUCCCAGCAAUAGUCACAUCUUCAGACAGAUGAAGCACCAGAUAAAUGACUCCUUGGCUUGGAUCUGUAUCCCCGUCAAUGAACAACAUCCCAAUAUCUCUAUAUUGGAGGUUGUUGAAAUCCAGCCUGGGGCUGUCAUGUCCUCCCCGGAGAAAACCUCUGACACUGAUGGAUUAACAAGGCCAAUUCUGAGAGAUGGCUGCUCACAGAUGGACUGCCAAGAUGAUCAGAGUGAGAAUGCUGUCUUAAAGCAGGGUGGCAGGACAGACCACAGAUAUGGAAGAAAGGACUACAGCAAAAUGGUAGACUCUGAUGAGGAGAGGGACAAGGAGGAGGACAGGGAUGAUUGUUGGAGCUCAUCAGAGGAAGAACAGCUUACAUCAGGUUAUGAAAAGCACUUCAUGCCCACUGCUUCGGAAAUACUGGAAACUUGAUGAUGUCUCCACAUUGGCUCAUGGACAUUCAAAUCAGGUGUAUGUUGUUUUUUUAUGUGCAGAAAAUGUUCAAUGUGGAAAUGUGAUUUUAGAUGAUGAUCCUCUAGGCAGGCAUUCUGAAGCCUUUCUCUGCAGGACCCUGGAGGGUGGACUCAGGUGAUUAGAGAAAUUUGCCUAGUAAAACUCAUGACCUGUCAGCCAGUUUCUCUACCCUGGCUUCCACCUUUUGCACUUUUUUUAUUUUAGUAGGCCUAUUUGGUUUGAUUACAUUUUAAUUUUC